UUUAUAUAUUAAAUGCUAAUAAUGUUCAUGGCAUUUAAGAUCCUUAAUUAAUUCUUAAUUAAUGGUAAGACUCUCUUCACAGACCUCUAUCUCUGUCAGUAAAUGUGUUGUGGGUCUCAAUGUUAAGCAGUAGGUGGAGCCACAUUCACUGCCUUUAUAUUGCUGCAAGAAUGUUGCAGUGAGAAAAAAGAAAAAACAUAAUUUGAAAAGGCUUGAGAGAAAAACCUUCCUCUUAUAAGAGCAUGAUCGCAGGCAGCUCAUGUGUGAGAGACUUCAAGCUACAGGGGUAAGAUCCUCCACUCACUUCACACACACACAGUCAGGACUUUAAGGAAGAGGGGGACAGUCAUGCUUGAUAAGGUCACAAUGUUGGGGAUCAGCUUGUGUUUGAGUGUCGCCGUCCACUUCGCAGUGUCUCAGGAAACAGAAGCUCAGGAUCCUGUCACAUAUACGUGCACUGAAGGUUAUGAAUUUGACUAUGACAAACAAAGCUGUAAAGAUAUAGAUGAGUGCAAGACACUACAGGAAGCCUGCAAAGGGGGCAUGAAAUGCGUCAACCAUUUUGGUGGUUACCUAUGCCUCCCCCACAACGCUCGGAUAAUAAUCAGUAACGGCGAGAAUGAGCCCACUAACCCCCCACCAGUGGAAAGAGUAGAUGUUCAGCCCGGCUUACCCCCCAUCUCCAGGGGUGACUACUCAAGAGUCACUCAUAGCUCAUCACAUACACUCCAGUGUGGCGUGGGUUUCAUGCCGGACUCUCAGAACUACUGCAGAGAUGUGAAUGAAUGUCUGACUGCAAACCCUUGCCAACAUCAGUGCUACAAUCUGAUUGGCUCUUUCGUCUGCCAAUGUGAAGUCGGAUAUGAACUGGCUUCAGACUCGGUCUCCUGCCAAGAUAUCAAUGAGUGUGAAUUCUCCAACUACAUGUGCCAGUUCCAGUGUGUGAAUCAGCCCGGCGGAUACCAGUGUGUGUGUCCUGACGGUUACCAGCUCCAAGGGACGCGGAUGUGCCAAGAUUUAAACGAGUGUGAAACAGCACACAACUGCAGAGAAGAUGAAAUGUGCUGGAAUUACUAUGGAGGAUUCCGUUGCUAUCCCAGAAACCCCUGCCGUGAGCCAUACGUCAAAACAGGCGAAGGACGCUGUAGGUGCCAGUCACCAAAUGUUUGCAGAGGAAUGCCGCCUGUCAUUGUCUACAAGUACAUGAGCAUCUUUUCCGAACGCACAGUGCCUGCGGAUAUCUUCCAGAUUCAAGCUACCAGUGUCUACCCCAACAUGGUAAACACCUUCACCAUCAAAUCUGGCAACGAGGGAGGAGAAUUCUACCUGAGGCGCUCCAGUAAUGUAAGUGCCAUGUUGGUGAUGACCAAACCCUUGACUGGACCUAGAGAACAUGUUGUGGACCUGGAGAUGGUCACCCAGAGUAAUGUCUUGAGCUACCGUUCCAGCUCACUGCUGAGACUCACCAUUAUUGUGGGUCCGUACCCUUUCUAAAUCAUCUAGAUCGACCGAAUCAGCACCUUGGUUUUAUAUGUGUACUGCAGCUUACAAUGUUUAAAAUGUUCAACACAGCAUGGCUACCUGGUUGUAGUCCAGAUCAGUGUUUCUUAACUGGUUGGCUGAGACACAAACAUGCGUCAAAAACCAGUUCCAAAUCAACCAAUAGAUAUUAAUGUCUGAUUUUUUUAAGAUUUAUGCGAGUUCGCGUUUGUAUGAUGAAUCUUUUGUAUAAUAAAUUUUGAUACUGUGUUGGGUUGCCAUUUAAUGUCCUUUGUAAAAUGUAUGUCUUGAAACAAAACUGGAUUGGAACCACUGGUCUAGAUAGUUGCAUAUUCACUGGGUUUCAAACAGGAAUUGGUUUAUUAUUCAUAAAAUGUUGGUUGUCUGGUUUACUGAAGUUUUCAAGUAACUUGUACUUUGGAAAAUGGAAAGACAAGGUCAGAGAGGGUGACAUGAAGACCAAGAAAUGUCUGAAAAACAACACAGCUGGACACCAGAAGGAAACACGGCCGCUCAAGUUUCAUUCUGAGAAGCACUUUCAGGUUAUUCUUUGUCUUGGUAGCAAGAGGUUUGCAAGAUUAUGCUGCAUUUCAGACUUUUAAAUGGAUAGAUCAUCCAAAAAGCGGGUCCAUCAUUAUUUACUUAUCUUAUGUUGUUGUAAACUUGUAUGAAUUUCUUUCUGUAAAACACAUAAGGUGAAGUUUAACAAAAUUUAAUGUCGCUCGUUUCCACAGAGUAAACAUCAAUGGAAGAAAAAACUCUGCGGAGCUCCAAAAAUGCCAAAACGCCAUAAAAAUAGUCCAUACGACUCUACAGCUGCAUAGUAAAUCUUACCAAGAGACGAAAAAGGUUAUUCACUCAAAAUACUCCCUUCUAUCACAACGCUCAAAUCUUUCACAUGUCUUCAAAUUGGUGUAACUAUUGGUAACGACUAAUUCAGUGACCCCCAACCAUAAAUUUUGGUCUGUUAGGGACCAAUUAUGAAGAACGCAAUUUUACAGGAAGUGGAAUAGGCAAAAUGCAAGGUCCUGAGAUGCGAUUUUAAAAAGCUGAAUGUCUUCCUCUUGUGCACUGUAUUUGUAUUUUUUUCACAGUGCACAAGAUGUUGCAAAAUACACAAGCGCAAUGGUCAAAGAUGUCUGUUUCGCACAUGUUUGCAUAGCAAACCAAUGGAAAAAUCAGCACACUGGAAUUCAAAAACACAUUCUGUGUGAAUAUGGUGUGGCUUCAAAAAUUACUUUUAUCGUGUUUUUAACACGAUAAAAGUCAUGGAAAAGUGCAGCAUGAACAUUCUGCUUAACUUCUCCUUUUUAGUUCCUCAGAAUAAAGCAAGCAUAUGGGUUUGGAACGACAUGAAGAUGAGUGAACGAAACAACAUUUUAAUCCAUCAGUAAAUCAAACCUUCACAUUUCUCGCACAUGGAUUGUGCAGAAACAGAAUGUAAUUAUUAAAAAAUGCUUAUAGAUUCUUUACUAGAUCUUCUUUGCAGGGGAAAAAACGUGUUUUAUAGGUGGAACAUGUGGAUAAAGCAAACAGAACUGCGUAGAGUUAGGUGGAACAGUUUGUGUUGUAAUCUAAUGGCAUCCUUAGCUAAUGGAAAUCUGUGAAUGCUUCCUCCGCCUUGCAAAUACUGCAGAAAUGACCUCCUAUCCUAUGAGAAUAAGGCAAUAAUGUUUUGGAAACAGAAGUGAUGUUUUCAGGAAAUUGCUGGCAAGGGCUUUGGGUCGCAUAAGCAAUGGAACUCUUGCCUAACAUGUCUGUAUGUUUGCCAGAGCCGUGUUUGAUCUUCUGCAGUGUUUCGUGUUGAUGGUCUGUGACAAACACCGUUGCGUCACACCCGGCGCCCCCAGAGAUGUGCUCGUGGGUGAGGCCGGAAUGGUUCGCGCACCACCAUGCUGUAUGAAAGUUUGGCAAGCGAUCUUUACGUUGGCUGCUUCGAGAUCUGAUUUAAGAUUUUAAUGCAAUGCUAGCAAAUCAAUCUGUAUGUUGUCGUUAUCUGUUUUCUUAUGAUCAAACACUUGUGAAUUUGGGAAUCUUUUUUGCUAAUAUCUCAAUUGAUGUGGACUGGUUGUUUCUGCUCAGUGAGGACAGCAGGUCUUUGUAUUUGAUUAACAAACUAAUAUUAACCUUUCGUUGAGUCAUUUUCUGUAUUUUUAGUUCGCUCUCAAGUUGCACUUUUUUUUUUACUCAUAGCCUUUGUGCCAUUUAUUCUGCUGUAACGUUUUUGGAAAUAAAAAGAAAUACAGUUCCA